UGCACCGCCUUUGGGAUCGGGCGUUUUAUAUCGCAGCCUAAAGAAAAGGUCGAGGGUUUCGGUUACAGGCCAUGGCCCGAGAUCGGAUCGCCUCUUCCUCCCGUGGGUUCGGUCUUCGGGUCUCCUUCAUCUCCUUUUGGAUCUGCUUCCUUCCCUCGAUCUCGCUCGCUUACAGGCCGGGGGACAUCGUCCCUAUGAGCAAGGCGGGGCAGUACCAUGCGUCGAGAACCAGCUGGUACGAUGUUAUCGGCCGCCACUGCCCCAUUUUUGCGGUUAAUAGGGAGGUGUUGAUUCCGAUUUCGAAGCCUACUGGUUUCACGGGUGCUGAUCCGUAUAAGAUAUCUUUUCAAGUUGGCCAUGAAAAGUUCUAUGUUCCAUGGCUUUACGUUAUAAACAGGAAAAGCUCUGAAGUCCCACUAAUUGAUUUCCAUUUGAGGUACUCUGGAAAUGAUUUACAUGGUGUCACAGCUAAAGUUAUAGAUAUGCCUCAUCACUAUAUUGAGGUUCAUCCAGACAUACGCAAGCAUUUUUGGGAUCCCCAAAAUUGGCCAAAGUAUGUGCUUGUGAGAUACACAUGGGAGGAGCAGUCAGAGAUAGAUGUUGCAGGGGGUUUCUAUGUAUUGUUUGGAUCAGGUCUAGCUGUCUCCUUUAUUCUGGCAAUUUAUGUUUUGCAAUCAUCUAAAGAGAAACUAACAAGGUUCGUGAGGGAGAAUGUUGCAGAAACCAGUAUGCCUGGAGGAGUAGCAAAGGUUGAAUGAUAUGCUUGUGUAGGUUGAUGCCAAUGUUUCCUUUUUGAUCAACACUCGGAUACUAUAUAUAGCAGCACACCAGAAAACCAAGAGGUAGGAUUUCCUGUUGGAAGUAUUGCCGUCCUGGUGAGAGGCACAACCAUAAUGGAGAUUGCAGUGAUUGCUUGCUGUCAUUUUGGUAUUACUUUUGGAUCAAUAGUUAAUGACACAAGUUAUUUUUGCAGAAAACCAAUCUCUAAAUAUGUAAAAAUGUGACAUUACAAUUGCUGAGUAACUCGAAGCAUUUUAAUUGUAGAAAGUAAUGAUGUGAGGUCGUCCAACUUAUGAUUAGCAAGUAAGGAGAUGAACAUUGUGGAA